GCUGCUUUUGGACAGGUUUAUCUCAGAUGCAGUUACAGGAAUCACCAUUGUGAUUAUACUGUUCUUCUUCCCUUCACAAAAACCUUCCUUCAGGUGGUGGUUUGACUUGAAAGCACCAAACACAGAGACCCAGCCCUUGCUGACUUGGAGGAAGGCCCAGGAGACCGUGCCCUGGAACAUCAUCCUGCUGCUUGGAGGAGGCUUUGCCAUGGCCAAGGGCUGCGAGGAGUCUGGCUUGUCUGUGUGGAUAGGAGGCCGUCUGCAUCCCUUGGAGGGUGUGCCACCUCCCGUGGCUGUCAUCCUCAUCACGGUUGUCAUCGCCUUGUUCACAGAGUUUGCCAGCAACACUGCCACUAUUAUCAUCUUUCUGCCUGUCUUGGCAGAGCUGGCCAUUCGUCUGAAAGUGAAUCCCCUCUAUUUAAUGAUACCAGGAACUAUAGGAUGCUCCUAUGCAUUCAUGUUGCCAGUCUCAACACCUCCCAACUCAAUUGCGUUUUCCUCUGGACAUUUGAUGGUCAAGGAUAUGGCAAGAACUGGGUUGCUCAUGAAUCUAAUGGGAGUUCUGCUUCUUAGCUUGGCUAUGAACACAUGGGCCAAGAGCAUCUUCCAGCUGGGGACCUUCCCUGCAUGGGCCAACAUCCAUGCAGAAAAUGCCACCUCACUUGUGACAGCUGUAGAAAAUGUCACUUUAAGUGCACUAAAUAAAAUAUGAACAAAGCCACCCCCGGGGAAGGACUCACUCACUUAGGACUGGGGCACUGGAAUCGUCAGAGUUUGCACAGGAGGAAAAGCCACGUGGCCGCUCACACUGUGUGGGACCUUCUGGUUUAAUUUGAUUUCUAGAAAUUCUGGUCAGUGUCACAACAUCCAUUUGUUACUUUCUCUGGAGAUCUUUCCCCACCUUUUGCAGGUACAAAUCCGACUCUCCCAGAGUCCUUCUGUCACAGGUGGUUGUUAAGUGGACAACCUGUAAGCAUGGAGCAUCUUUGGGUAGAUGCCUAUCCCCCCAUGAGAGCUGACGAGCCUUGCUGCUCUAGCUUCUGAUACCCUACCUCGUUUUGGAAAGCAGCCCUGGCAACAGGGUGGAGGCAACUGGAUUAUUUAUGUGCACCCCAACGUGAGUGAGUGUAUCAGAACCUGGUCGGGGAGAAGCGGCGUGGCCAGUGCUUCUGGCAGGGUGUGAGGCUGGGGUCUCGUUGCCAUCUCGUGAGUAAUUCUCUCAUGGAAGAUGAAGAGCAUUUCUUCAGGUUUGUGUGUGAAGGGAUGACUCAGGAGAUGUGUCGGUAGGACUCGGUGCAUUGCUCCAUGCUUUGGGAACUGGAAGGCCACAGUUUGUUUCCAAACAUGUUCAAUGUUUUGAAAACCUGGGACAGCGACUGCUGCCUGGCUCUUUGCACUGAGUACAGGGAUGGGGGCUCGGGACCAAAUUAAUUUCUGGCAUAACUUUGGACAUCGGUGAUGUUUCACCGUUGGUAACUGUGGCCAGUCUUAGGUUGUGAGAUUGACUCACUCACAAAUGACCCACUGAGUCACAGGUCAGUGGACAAGUUGCAUUGGAAUAUUAUUGACAUUUCUUAAAAAAUAGGCUUUGAUUCUUAACAUCUUUUUUAAAUCAGAUUGCUUGGGUACUUUCAAUGAAAGCAUUGCAAAUUGACUGUGAUUUUAAUCACCAUUUUAUCCAAUUAUUUUUAUUUUAUUUUCUGUAAGAAUAUAAAAUAUUAAAUCAUCGGUCAUUGAAAUAGAUGAUUGAAUGAUAAAGGAUUGAUUCUUGGUUUGUGGAAGGUGAGUGACAGGAUCCCUGUGCUGGGACUGGUUUCUCUGACAAUGUAAACUGGUGGAGCUGACAAGUUGAACUGGCCUGGGGUAGGGAUCCAGUGCAUCCCCCUGCUCCUGUGCUGCUGAUAACCCCCAGGGCCAGGUAGGAGGGCUGGCAGGGAGAUGUUCACCAGCUGCUGCUGCAGGGGUUACCCUGUGGGGGUCACCUUGGGGUGAUGUGGCAGGUGGCAGCUCAAGGGAGUUGAACUGAAAUCGCCAAAACCAACUGAAUGUGGAACUUUAAUCAAUCAAUUUUAAAAAAAUCCUCAAUGUUCAAACAAAAUCCUUAACGAUUGUGGAAAGCUUAAAAUAAAGCACACUGGUUAGCACAUCACAUGGUCCUGUUUGCUCUGUAGUUUGAGGGGAGAAAAACAAAGCCCAAGCCUCCCCCUGCUCCGGCUUCAUCCCUAAUUUGGGCAGUGGCUCCCCAGGAGGAGCAGGAGGGCAGUGCAGUGCUGUUAAACACCGGAGCAAUGGGAAAACCCCUGGCCCAGCUUCUCGAGAGCCUUUAAGCAUACCCCAAAUCCCUGUCUGCUUGUUUGUGCUGGGUUUGGGCACUGCCAUUCUGCUUGGAUGCUCCUCGUCACGCCUUAGCAAAGAUGGGCUGAAUGGGAAGGGAAAAUUGCUCCCUGCAGUUUCCUUUCUCAGCCAGCUGUCCGUGAACAGCACGGGAUUGCUGUCCCGGGCCAGGGGACACAGAAAAAGGAACAGAAAGGGAACAAACAGGGGACAAACAGGGAGCAGGGAACAGGCUGUGCCCUCAGGCGCCGCGGGAAGGAGCCCCAUGGUCCCACUGCCCUGAGCCGCUGCUGCUGCGGGGGAUCCUGGUCAGCCACGGGCACAGAGCUGCCUCUGUCCCUGCAGCCUGGAGGACAGGCAGCAAGGGCUUUGGGAUCAUCCAGUUCCAAAGGGCAACAUCCAGUCCAGCUCCCUCUCGGGUGUUGGGGUCGCAGGUUUGUUUAUGGCCUCAGCUCUGAAUUGGUGCAUCAUAGGUGAUCCAAUCCAGGAUGGUUUUCUUUGGCUUGAAAGCAGAGCUGAGACCACAGAGUUUGUGUUGUAGUCUCCAAAAAUCACUUCCAGUGUCCUGGCAUGCCUGUGGCACUGUCUGUCCAGGGAUCAGGAAGGAUUUCACAAAUGCAGGGCAGGGUUGUGAUCUCUGUGCCAACGUGAGAAACUGAGGCAGAGAGGGGACAAGUGACUUACCCAAGGUCCACAACAAGGCCUUGGCACACCUGGGAAAGGUGUAAGAAGCACCUGGAUCCUAAACCUCUUUAGUCCAAAACCUGUUUGCCAGCUCUGUCAGCAGCCCCUGUGUUUCCCAGGGCUCCCCAGAGGAUCUGAUUUAAGGCAUGUAGACAACAGCAUUACCUAAUUCUGCUCUUUUAUACCCAGACCUCUGUGAGAGUAGGACUAAUCUGGCAUGUUUGUGUUUUAAUUUUUUUUUUUUUUUGAGCCGAGAUUUUAAGAUUUAAUAUUUCUGGGGUACAAAGGUGAACAGGCCUGCAUAAAUAAUUUCUGAUUCCCUUUGCUGCUGCUAGUACUAAGAUUUGCCAAAAGCAGCUUUUAAUGGCAAGUCAACCCCAUUAGUCUUGAAGAGUCUGUGAUAUGUGUAGAGAUAUGAAAAUUCCCAGGAAAGGGUAUUUCAAGUGCUGUAGUAACCUUCUAUAACUUUGACUGUGUUAUUUUAAAAGAACUUUGCUUGUCUAUCCACUAUUUCUCUAGGAAUGUAAAAAUCCAACAACCAUCACAAAAGCCAUUCACAUUAGCAGCCUCCUUGUGAAUUUUAAUUAACAGGAAAUGCCACUCAUUGAAAUUCAACAUCCAGAAUAUCUCUGCUUUACUCCUUUGAUGUUCCCCAUCAAGUCCUGGACUAACAUCCAUAUGUUCUCCUGAGACACUCGGAAGAAAAUAAUUUUGGUUUAUUUGUAGUAGGAAAGCAUUUCAUCAUUGUCUUUUAUCCCAGAAGCAUUUGAGUUCCUUUACAAAGUGUUCACAUGGAGGAGCUGCUCUGUGGGUCAUUACAGCAGGGAGUGAUUCCAGAGCUGUGCUUGUCACUUUGCACUCAGCAGCGAUGCUGGAAUUUCAGGAGAGGCAGGGAAAAAGUUGUGAAACAAAUGAAAGUCCAGCAUGAAAGGGAAUUCAGCUAUUACAGGUCAGACAGCCUUGGUUCCCUUAUCACAUUUAUCCCUUAUAAAGGGUAGUGCUGGGAUUUUCCUAUAUUUCUAUAGUAGUAACCUAAGAAGACAUGAUCUGGCUCUGUGUUACUGUGAUUUGUUCAUUUGCAAGUGAUUUUAACAAAGAACCACCCCUAAUUAGUUAACCUUUCCCACACCCUCAAGUUCUCAAAUGGACAGAAUAACAUGAUCAACCAGUGCUGGUGAUACUGACAUGAAUAAUUAUCUUCAGACUUAAAUGAUUCUAUUUUAGCCCUUCAUUCAUCUUCUUUCUCCAGCCAUUUUCUUAAGCUGUAUUGUUCAUUUAUCCCACCCUCUGCCUGGGGUACAGCGUUGCACCCCCUCCCAUCCCUGUCACCAUGACAAGGUGACACUGUCACCACAGGUUGAACCUGCAGGUGUCUUGGCACAGGCCCACCCCAAACACUGCAGUCUGCACUCAGAACCGAGUUUAAAACCCCUGCCCUGGUGGGUACAAUCUCAGUGCCCAUCCUUUAUCCAGGUGAAGCCAGGCUCUGCUUCCUGGCAAUGAUGCCAAAGGAAUCCUCUGCUCCUCACUGUCCCAGCAAGUGCUCACAGGCAUGUGGGGCUUGGGUUCCUCCUGUAGUGCUAAAAAAUCAAAAUUGGUGAUGUUAUAAAAUUUUAGAGCUUGGGCUCUACAGAGACUGGAGCUCAUCAAGAAAGCAAAUUCCUUUUAUACCAUCUGGAAAUGACACAGGGUGGGAAAAGGCACCUUGGAGCAUCCCAGGAGGACACAGCAUUCCUCCUCAUCUUAGAACUCUCCCAACCACAGAGUAUAUUUUUUGCAGAACCAAAAUGAGCCAGACCUCAGCGUCCUUGAGCAGAGUGUGACCACAAGAUGUCACAGUUGCUUUGCUGCGAUGCGUGGUCCUGCCUUUGCCCUGUCCCAGUCCUGCCCCUUUCCCACUCCCAGUCUUUACCCCCAGGUAUCCCUAUGAACACACACGCUGGUAUUUGUGGUAUUUGCUGCUGUGUUUUGUUUAUUGUGUUCUUUUUUGGCAAAGCAAGCUUCUUCAUUGUAUUCUGGGCAAGGUUAGGCAUUUAGGUUUCUGUCUCAUAUACAGGUCAUUCAUGGUAUAUAAAAUCAGUUUCCCCAGAUUUAUGCCCUUGCUGUAGGUCCAGCUGGCAGACAACAAUUUUGAGUGGAGCCAGAGGAAAAAAUCAAAGUAAAAGUGCAAAAAAACACUUCUUGGUCCUGCCAGAGCUACUGCUCAGUGUCCCCACAGACCUCAGGUGCCUUUGCCAGAUGGUGCGGCAGACUCAGAAAACACCACGAUGUUGUGGACUUCAGAGGUUUUUGUUCUUUAUAGCCUAUUGCUAAAUUUCUUUCUUUUUCUGCCCCAGAAAGCUGCCUGCAUAGCCUGGAUGGGGUCCCAGGGGCUGAUGCUAACACCAGUUCACCCUGAAGUAGAGCGAGAAAGGAGUUUAGUCGUAGAAGAAGCUGAUGAGCCUUGCAGGAUCCAGCUAUGGGCCUUUUGGGCUAGUCCCUUCUAGUGUGCACAUUGAAUUAAAGACCUAAUUCAUGGCAUGGGCGAGCAAUUGCUAUGGAUGCUCCAAACAAACAGCACUUUCUUUCCUGCCCGCCUGGCUGGUGCCUCUUCCCUGCUGGAGCCAGGCAGGGUUCCCCAUCUGGCCCCUGUGCUCCAGGGCACCAGGAGGAAAGCUUUGCUCCACCAGCCACACGGGAAAAACAAAACCCUCAGCUACAAAGAGGAGCUGCUGAGGGGAGCAGCAAGGGCACAAGGGUGGCUGCAGGAAGGGCAGAGGAAGCAGCAGAGGUUUGCUCUGCCUUCUGUGCUCGUCAUUCCUUGUCCUCCAAUUCCUGCCACUGCCAUAGGAUCCAGCCACGUCCCCUGGGGAAGGUGCAGAGCCCCACGUGCUUUGUCCCCAGGGGUGGCUGGGACAGGGCUGACCUCGAGCCCUUUGCCCUUUCCCACCCAGGGGAGCAUGAGAACAUCCCAGGGGCCCGGCGGUUCCCAGCUGGCUGGAGGGCUUGGCUUGUGACAGCAGGUCCCCACAGGGGAUGGGCUCAGGGGCAGCUGGGUGAGCUGGGUCACCUUUGCCCACAGAUGGUGGCUUAGCAUGAGAGCAUCUGGGCAAGGGGCAGGGAAGGCUCCUGUAAUCCCUGAGCUCAUAACUGAGGAGCAAACACUGUGGUUGGCCCUCAUCUCCAGGUCAGCAGCUUUGGUGGCUGGAGCUCUGCUGGGCACAUCCUGGGGGCCAGGCAGGUUGGUCCACUGAGAACUGCACAUCCUGGCCUGUACAUCUGGGAGCUUCUCAACAGUUUGGGAAUCCUGACUGUGGCUGGGUGUUCUCUGCAGUGGAUUUCUGGCUAUCAGGAAUUCAGCAAAGUUCGAGAUUGAAACUUGCUCUUCCUCUGCUAGGACUGUGAGAUGAGCCUUGGAGCCGUUUGUGAACCCUGCGUGCAGUUUCAGCAGGGAGCAGCAGCCUGUCAGAACAGAGGAGCAGUUACCAACUGGGUUGCUGGAUCCUGCUGUGCCUUUUGUGCCAUGACUGAUAUCUGAAAGAGGAAAAGGUCCCUUCUGUCCUGAGAGAGAUGCUAGCCCUGCUCGCUUCUUGCUGGUGGGCAGUGUGAGGAGUAGUCAUCUGAUUUCCCCACAUGGAAUGAUGACACCCCAAGUUCCAGAAUCCUUGUUCCAUCUUCGUCAGCCCAUGUGUCAUUGACUCAUUUUUUUUUUACCUAUGUGUCAUUAAAAUAAGCCUUCCCUGCAAUAAGGGUAAGACCAGAAAAAGUGUACAGCCCGAGCAGUGCUGUGCAUCCUGGCACUGUUCUGUAGUGCUUUUAUUCCCCUGGCUUCACUCACCAGGUUUUGCACACUUCAGGGUUGCCAGUGUUGCUGAUCUGAAUUGCCUUAAAACAUCCUGGGGUUUGAGUCCUGGUGCUGCCUUGGUUUCCUACCCUGCCUCUCCCAACAGCCACAUCCAGGAUCCUCUCAGAGCAACACAGCACUGGAACAUGGAGAGUUUUCGGGCAAGUCUGGGGCACCUCACUGCUAUUGGGAUGAGAGCCCGUGUUUACUGUGAAGACUUUCUGUUCCCAAAGGUGCACAGAACUAUGGCAGACCUGUGGUGGAUUUACUCCAAACCUGUCCCAGCAGACAGCAGAGAGCUCUGGACCUUGUUUCUGCAGUGCUCCUGCAUUGCAGCAGUGAUAGGAGGCCUCUUUUACAACUGGAUGUUUGCUUCCCUGGAGUACUCCUGGCACCUCUCCACUGCCACGGCCAUCUCCUUCACCCUGCUCCUUCUCCUGACUCUCUUUUUGGUGCAUCCUGCCCGCUGUGUCUUCAGCAUGAUCAUGCCCACGUUAGGCACCAAGCAGGGCAGGAAGCUUCUCUUCUCCACCUGCAUCAUGAUUGCAGUGGUGAACAUAACACCCAACAUCAUAAGCAACAUCAAAACCAUACUGCAGGUUAUUCAGUGCAUCUGCAAGAGUUCCUCUGACAGCCUUCUGAACUCAACUGCCCUGCUGGAGAAAGUUUCCUGGGAGUUUGGGGAUGCAAUCCAAGAAGCCACUCAUUCCAUUUAUAAGCCUAUGAAUGGACAUUUUCGCUUUUCAUUGUUUCAGAACAGCUCCUUGAUUUACCAAAAAAUGCACCUUACUGGUGAGAAAAUGAGCAGAGAGUUCUUGUCUCUUGAGGAACUGGUCAAAGACUCUGUCCGAGUGGCCAACAGACUGGCUGCUGGUUUCUUCAUGCUCUAUCUCUGUUUUGAGUCCACCUGUUAUUUGAAAAAUUAUCUCACCAACAUGAGCUUUGACAAUUUUUACAUCACCAAGAAGCUGGAACGUUUAGCCGUGGACAGAAGAGCAACUCAUCUCCUGGUGAGCUCAUCCAAAAAACUCAUGCGCCCAACAGGCUUGAAGCUGUCCAGGCAAGAAGUGGCUCUGUGCCUGGUGCAAGCCAUGCUGGUCACCGUGGCCCUGGUGCUGAUGCUGGUGCUGGUGGCCAUGGACCACUUUGCCUUCAGCGUGGCAGACACGGCGGUGAGGAAGGCAGCUCAGUUCUCUGCAGUGCCUGUCACGCUCGGCAUCAAAUACAAGGCUGAAAUAGGCAUCGUGCCCUUUAUAUUCAAACUUUUGUGGAGUCCUUCUGCGGCACUACUGCUCAAGGACUUCAACAGGACCUACCACCAUCAGCUGAUCUUCAGCUCUGCCCACUGCAGGAUCAGCCCCCCCAGGCCCCCCAACCCCUCUGUGCUGCUCGUUGUGGGGCUGCUCUUCUGCAUCCUCUACGGCACCGUGUUCCUGGGAACUUACGCGCGGCGCCUGUGCCGCGGCAUCGCCGCCUCCUUCUUCCAGAGCUGCGAGGAGAAGAGAGUGCUCCACCUGUACGGGAAACUGGCCAGGAGGCACAGGAAGGAGCAAAACUCUGUGAAGGGUGCUUUGGGAAGUCAGGGGGACGGCUGGAUGUCUGAUACCACAGCACAGGCUUGUGCCACAGGGUCACGCGUUUAAUUUUCCUGAGUUAGGGAAGUGUUUGGAGCUUGGGGAAAAAUACUAAAAAAAUCCCCAAAAACUUAAAAAAACCCCAAUGCUAAAAAGGAAAAAAAAUUUGAAAUGUCACAUUUUUGCAUUAAUUUGAGAAAAAUGGGCUACAUUUCCUUUUUUGGUAUUAUUUUAAUAUCUGGAAGAAGAUCUGGAGUCAGCUGUUGCAUAUCCGCAGCACUAGGCAAGGCUAACUGAGAAAUAGAUGGGAGUUGGGGUCAGAGAGGAGCUCAUUUACCUUCUCCACCACAUCUGUGCUGGAAGAAGUACACAUUUCUUUCUUAAGUCAUAUCUUCAGGCAAUAAAAUGUUAUUUGACUUGAUUAAUUUAAUUUUCAAUGAGUUUUUCUUUCAGGCUUUGUGCACAGAAAACUGGGUAGACCAGAUAAAUUUAGAAGAUAGCUUAUUCACCAAAGAAAGUGUCACUUCAACCUGCUGAAGUAAAUUCAAGAUUAAUAUGACUAUGAGAGGCACAUCCUGUGCAUGGUGGUGGAAAUCAGCACAUGAGGGUUUUACAAAAUCUCUUCAAAUUAAAAUAGAAAUAAAAUAUCUGCAGAACCUCAGAAGAUAAUGAGAACAGUCAAUAAAGGUCAAUUUGGGUGUUGAUCUCUUUUCCCAAGUAAGAAGUGAUAGGAUGAGAGAAAACAGCCUCAAGUUGUGCCAGGAAAGGUUAAGAUUUUAUAUUAGGAAAAAAAUUCUUCAAACACUGGCAGAGGCUGCCCAGGGCAGUGAUAGGGUCACCAUCCCUGGAGGGAUUUAAAUGACACAAAGAUGUAGAAUUGGGGACAUGUUUUAAUGGACCCUUGGCAGUACUGGGUUAAUGGUUGGAUUUCAUUGUUUUAAAUGUUUGGUUGUUUCAAGCUCAGAAACUGUGUUAUCGUAUCCAAAUUAAUAAAU